CAGAGACACACGCAGAGAGACACACGCACAGAGACAGAGAGAGAUGGACUGUGUGUUGGACCCUUUCUCAGGACUCGACUCUUUCUCCUCCCCGCCUUAUUUCGACGAUGACGACUUUUUCACCGACCAAUCCUCCAGAGACGGACACUUGGACACUGAUGACUUCUUGGACGAGGACGCGAACUUCCUCAACAGUCAUUUCCAAGAUUAUUACAGCAGCGGCAGAGCAGCGCCCCACGAUGGAGACUACGACCUCGGAAACUUGUCCUUCUCCUCCUCCUCCUCCACAUUCUCGUACGGCUGCGCGGACAGCACUCCGGACAUGUCCCCGCAGACGGGCCACCACCACGGCGGGUCCUUGCUGAAGCGGCGGAGGCGCAUGCGCUCUGAGCGGGAGAUGCAGCAGCUGAGACAGGCGGCCAACGUCAGGGAGCGGCGGAGGAUGCAGUCCAUCAAUGACGCCUUCGAGGGUCUGCGCUCCCACAUACCCACACUGCCCUACGAGAAGCGACUGUCCAAGGUGGACACGCUGCGUCUUGCUAUCGGCUACAUCAACUUUCUCGCCGAGCUCGUGCAGUCCGACCUGCCAAUCAGGAACUCCAGCAACGAGAUGCACGUGCAGCCCAAAAAAGUCAUCAUCUGCCACAGAGGAACAAGGUCUCCCUCCCCCAGUGACCCGGACUACGGGCUGCCUCCGCUGGCCGGUCAUUCGCUGUCCUGGUCGGAUGAGAAGCAGCUCCGGGAGCAGAACAUCAUCCGCACCGCCAAAGUGUGGACACCAGAAGACCCCCGAAAACAGCACCAUAGAGCGGGCCUCACGGAUAUCGAAAACGAGCCUCCCCUCGGCCUCGUGUCAUAAACACAAACUUCUUCUGACUGCUCAUGUAUGAAGUGGACCGUGUUCACACACAUGUAAACUUGAAGUCACUGUACAGUAUUCGGUGUUGUACAUAUUGUUUUAUCAUGUUGAUAAUUUGAUUGUUUUGUAAUUCAAUCAUCUGGCAAUCAUGUAUUUAUUUUUCUU